GAAAACAAAAAGCUUUUAUCUAUGGAGUUAAGCUUCUCUAGCAUGAUGCGUGAUGUUUUGCAUUUUCAAUUGUGUAAAAUGUUUAAUUUUUGGAUAAAAACUUAAAAUCUGUCGUGCGCUGUGAUUGUUGUUUAUUAUUACAUAAUUCAUAAAAUUUUGUUUAGUUCCAAUAAGUUUUAAUUCACUAUCGGCCCAACAUUUAACGCCGAAGUGCAUCAAUUAUAAAUGUGAUUAAAAAUUUUAAGGCCCAACUUAUAGUGAAUUUCCUGUCAGAUUCUAAUAGAAUCUCGACAGAUUGGCUUCUAUUCCCUCAAAAGGAGAAAAAAAUAACUGACAAUUGAAGGGAAACAGAGCUCAGUAAAGGUGCCCCUUACAGGGGAACCUGAAGCGGCGGUUCUCUGGCGGAGGCAGCAGAAUAAAAUGAAUGAAGCAGAAGUGGAUGAUGUCGCUUUCCUCACGGGAGGCGACAAUAGCAGCGCAGGGGGAGGUAGGGGGCGUUAUAAUGAAUCAGGAGUAGCAGUUUGUUCAUAUCAAAGGGCACUCUGUGUUACAUUGCUGGUCUUGGCUGGUCUUCUAGCCACUGCUUUGGUGAUUGCAUAUGGUGGACCCCAGAAUGAAUGCAGCUGUGCAGGAAAAAUGCCUCCGGAUUAUGUUCCGGAAGAUUGGAACAUAACAACUACAUCUAUACCAAUUGCUACUAAUGGACAACCAUUUCCUUGGCAUAACAUUAGGCUGCCAAAUUUUGUGAGGCCACUAAAAUAUAACUUAACAAUUCAUCCGAACUUGACCACUUUUGAAGUCAAGGGCGUUGUUUCAGUUGAGUUCAAUGUGGAGAAAGAAACUAACUUUAUUGUUGUUCAUUCUAAAAAUUUAACUAUCACUGAAAAAGCAGUGCAAGGACCAAAGGGACACUUACUCAAAAUUGUGAAAUUUUUAGAGUAUAAACCAACGAAUCAACUUUACAUAGAAGUUCGAGACAAAUUACGAAAGCGUGCCAAUUAUACUCUAAAUCUUCGUUUUACAAGAAAUUUAUCGCAAAAAUCUGAAGGGCUACACAUUGAUUCAUAUGAAGAUAAUAAUGGAAUGAAACAUUAUUUGACAGCAACAUAUUUUCGACCUGGCGAAGCAAGGUCAGCUUACCCAUGCUUUGAUGAACCACAUUUUAGAGCCAAAAUAAAAAUUUUCAUAAAUAGGGACAGGUUUCACAUUGCUUUGUGCAGUACACCUGUGAAUGCCACUGAAGAGGCCGGUUUCUAUCUUGGAACUGGUCUGCUUCGUGAUGAAUUUCAAGAAGCUCCUCCUUGUGCACCAGGUUCAGUUGGGUGGUUGGUUAGUGAUUUUCCUAGAGAAAGUAUAAAAUUAGCUAGAGGUGUUUCAAUAGCAGUAUAUGCUCCAAAGAAUGUGUUAACAGGAAUGCAUUAUAUGUUAAAUUCUGCUAAAAACUUACUGGAAUAUCUUGAAGGAUGGUUAGGUGUUGAUUAUCCAUUGACUAAAUUAGAUUUGGUUGCAUUAAACUCUAUGCAUGAAGAUCUUUGUGGUUCUUGGGGACUUUUAUUCUAUCAUCAAGAGUUACUAUCUGUUCCUGAUGAAACUCGUUCCGAAAGACAGCAAGAAGUUGCUACAGAAUUAUCUGAACAAAUUGCGUAUCAGUGGUUUGGAGGUUUAGUUUCUGUAUAUUGGUGGAAUGAAGAAUGGUUAUUCAAAGGUCUAGUCAAGUUUUUAGGAAUGCAGUCAUUAGCUUCAGUAGAAAUAAUGUGGCCUGUCGAAGAGGCGUUUGUUAUCAAACAUUUGAUUCCUGCCAUGUGGCUAGAUGCAUUAGCUACAGCAGGUCCUUUGGAAGCUGAAGUCUCGGACCCUUCAAAAAUAGAUGAUGUAUUUGAUGAUUUAUCAUAUAGCAAGUGUGCAUCAUUAUUGCGUAUGUUGGGAUCUGCAUUAGGUGAGGGGUCUCUGCAUGGGGCCCUUGCAGAUUUUCUGGUCAACAAUAAGUAUCAAGCAGCUGAUCAAAAUGCAUUGUGGUCUUCAUUUGAGAAGCAUCUUAAUUCUAGUGUACCUAUUAAGUCUAUGAUGAAAUCCUGGACUCAACAAUCAGGUUUUCCACUAAUCACUGUAACUGUUGAUGGAAAUACAAUAACUGUCACUCAAUCUAAAUUUGCAUUGAAAAAGGCAAUAACACCUCCAACAACAUUUGAUAUGAAUAUUACGCAUAUAUCUACUACAGCUUCAACUCCUACAAAGAGCAAAAUUAGCAGAUGGGUGAUUCCAAUUACUUACUUCACUGAUUGUAGUAAUGGGACAGAAGUAAUAUGGUUAAAUAAUACAAAAGCUAUUAAUUUUACAAUAUCAUCUGAAGUACAUUGGCUUAAGUUAAAUUCAGAUCAAUCGGGAUAUUACAGAGUUCUAUAUCCAAUUGAAUACUGGACAGUAUUUGUUAAUUUACUGAAAACUGAUCAUAAAGCAUUGACACCAUUAGACCGAAUGGGAUUAAUUGAUGAUGCAUUUGUCUUAUGCAGGGCUGGUCUUUUAAAUUGCUCAGUACCUUUAGAACUUUCCACUUAUCUACCCGUGGAAGAAAGUCUUGGUCCAUGGCAGGUCACAUUGAAGCAUUUGACCUCAUGGAGACAGCGAUUUGCUGAGGGAUCUCCAUUUCCUAUGAUUGAACAAUUCACACGCAAGCUAAUAGCAGAAAAAGCUAGGAGUUUAGGCUGGAUUGAUAAAGGCGACCAUGCAACAAGAUUAUUACGCUCAGUAGUUCUUGCUGCUGCAGUAAACUUUGGCGAUGAUUUUACACUCACUCAAGCUAAACAAAGAUUUAAUAUAUGGAGAAUAAAUAAUACAAAAGUAUCAGUUAAUCUAAGAGAGGUUGUUUAUACUGCUGGUGUGUCACAAGGCAGCUUAUCAGAAUGGCAAUUUUGUUGGGAUCGUUAUCAAGCAAUAAAAGAGUUUUAUAAUUCUACCCAAGAGAGAACUUCUUUACUCACAGCUUUAGGUUCAGCACAACAGCCAUGGUUAUUGUAUAGACUGCUAGAUUUUAGUAUGAAUCGGGAACUAGUUCCAAUACAAGAUGUGAAAGUUAUUCUAGUUGCAGUAUCAAAUAAUCCUAUUGGAAAAUUAUUGGCUUGGCGGCAUCUAAAGGCCCAUUGGAACAGCUUCUUAUCAGAAUUUGGAAAUGGAACUCGAGGAAUGGCAGAAGUGAUUCAAGCUGUUGCACAAGAUAUGUCUAGUGUAUAUGAUAGAAAGGAAUUGUCAGACUUACUGUCUGAUAUCGGCUCAGGAUUGGGCGCUCAACAUAUGGCUCAAACAUUGGAAGAAGUUGCUGUAAAUGUGCAGUGGGUAGCAAAAGAAAUGGAACCUUUAACAGAAUGGUUAGAGAGAUAUCUUGCAACAUCUAAAAUGUAAAAAUCUGUGACAAACUUCAUUUUCAUAAUUUGUAGCAACCGUAUUACCGCUUUUAAUUAUUAAUUUCAAUAUUGGGAAUCUUAUAACCACUAUUUUUGAGUGAUUUUUUUUUUUAACAUUUACUAUAAAAAAACUAUUUUUAAAGUGAU